AAGUUGAUCUAUCCAAGUGCCCUAUAAAAAGCGAGGCUCUUUUAUUCCUCAAUCGCUCGAUUCCGAUCGAAAACCACCACUGAGCUAAACCAUGGCUUCCCUCUCCACCACAUCGCCACCCACCACCACCACCGGCAUUGCCCCCUCCACCACUUCCUUGUCCCCUUCACUCCAAAAAAAAUGCCAAAUCUCUACUAUCUCAAAGCGUAGCAACAAGCAUUGCCUCCCACGUAAACUUUCAUGCAAAGCCAACAACAAUGAUCACGACCUCAGCCCUACAAACGACGUCGCAUCAAAAACUUCAAAUCCUAAACUCGACCGUAGAAAUGUUCUCCUCGGCCUUGGCAGUCUCGGCGGCUUGGCGGGCCUACGUGCCGACCCCUUCGCCUUCGCCGCCCCCAUUUCCGCUCCGGACAUAUCCCAGUGCGGCGCUGCCGAUUUUCCCUCGGGCGUGGAUCCCGUCAACUGCUGCCCGCCAGUUUCCGCUCAAAUUGUCGACUUCAAGCUGCCUGCUAGCCCCGGCAAACUUCGCGUGAGGCCGCCGGCUCAUGCCGUGGACAGCGCUUACACAGCGAAGUUCAAAAGAGCUUUUGAGCUCAUGAAAGCCCUCCCGGACAGCGAUCCGAGAAGCUUCAAGCAACAGGCCAGCAUCCACUGCGCCUACUGCGACGGCGCGUACGAGCAAAUCGGUUUUCCGGACCUCGACAUUCAGGUCCAUAACUCCUGGCUCUUCUUCCCCUUCCACCGCUGGUACCUCUAUUUCUUUGAGAGAAUCUUGGGAAAGCUCAUUGACGAUCCCAGCUUCGCCAUGCCGUUCUGGAACUGGGACGCCCCAGCGGGAAUGCAGAUACCUGCGAUUUAUGCCGACCGAAGAUCACCCCUCUAUGACCAGUUCCGGAACAAAAGCCAUCAGCCGCCUUCGCUCGUCGACCUCGACUUUAAUGGUCGGGACGAAUCGAUCUCAAACCAAGCCCAGAUUCAAUCCAAUCUGACCAUCAUGUACCGUCAGAUGGUGUCCAACAGCAGAAGCGCAAGGAUAUUCAUGGGAGAAUCUUAUCGCGCCGGGGACGAGACCGAUCCGGGGCCGGGUUCCUUCGAGAAUAUCCCGCAUGGCUCGGUCCACACAUGGACCGGCGACAACACACAGCCUUACGGAGAGGACAUGGGGAACUUCUACUCGGCUGGUAGGGAUCCAAUCUUCUUCGCUCACCACUCCAACAUCGACCGAAUGUGGAACGUUUGGAAGACAUUGGGUGGCAAGAGACAAGACUUCACCGACCCCGAUUGGCUCGAUGCCUCUUUCUUGUUCUAUGAUGAGAACUCUCAGCUCGUGCGCGUCAAGGUCCGAGACUCCCUCGACUCCCGAAAGCUCGGGUACACCUACCAAGACAUCGAGCUUCCGUGGCUGAACACCCGGCCGAGGCCGCGGAGAGUGGUCGACAAAGUAAAGAGGGCUUUCGCGCGCAUUGGGGUGGCUCGCGCUGACGAGUACCCGACGGCUAAUUUCCCGCUAACGUUGGACAAGCCGGUGAAGACGUUAGUGUCGAGACCGAAGAAGUCGAGGAGCAAGAAGGAGAAGGACGAGGCGGACGAGGUUUUGGUGAUCCAAGGGAUCGAGUUCGACAGAAACGUGCCGAUCAAGUUCGAUGUUUUCAUCAACGACGAGGACGACGCGCUGACCGGACCGGACAAGAGCGAGUUCGCGGGGAGCUUUGUGAGCGUUCCGCACCGGCACAAGAGCAAGACGAAGAUGAACACUGGCUUGAGGCUGGACAUUACUGAGCUGCUGGAGGAUUUGGACGCGGAAGAAGAUGAGAAUGUGGUGGUGACUUUGGUGCCCAAAGUUGGGAUCGGACACGUCUCCAUUGGUGGGCUCAAGAUUGAGUUCGUUUCUUGAGCGCGCACCCAUUGGGCGCCAGUUUUCUUUGUUUUGGAAUACCACUUUGCGACUUUUCAUGGGUUGUUUCGGUAUUGGCAACUGUGCUUGGUAAUAUGUCGUAUGCCCUGUUGACUGUUCUUUGUCUGUGUCGUUUUUUCUCUUUAAUAAUCGCGUUGUGGAAUAAAGAAUAGAUUGGUUUAUCCAAUACAAUAUUCCCCAUCUCGUACUGAUAGAUGUAGAUGCUCUCUUUUGCUUUUUCAUGAAUUAAAUGUUUUGUUUGCUGUGAA